AUGCUUCGCAUUGUUUUUGUUUUUUUGCUGACGACUGUUGUUUCAAGUUCAGCUUAUCGCCCGGUUGUUCUUAUGCAUGGCAUUAUAUCAAAUGCUGCUGGCAUGGAAGAAUUAGCUGGCUGGAUUCGAACAUCUUUUCCUGGUACGUAUGUUCGAUCAAUAGAAAUUGGUAAUGGUAAAACCGAUUCAUUUUUAAUGCCAAUAAAUAAACAAAUUGAAGAAUUUUGUGGCACUAUUUAUUCGGAUGAUCAGCUUCGUCAAGGUUUUAAUUUACUCGGGUAUUCACAAGGAAGUAUGAUUGUACGUGGUGCAGUUGAAAGAUGUUCCUUACCUGUUUAUAAUCUAAUAACAUUGAGCGGUCUUCAUCAAGGCAUUUUCGGUAUACCAUAUCUUUUACAACUUCCAGAAGAAUAUCGUGAACUAAUUACGAAAUAUGCAUAUGAAUAUCAAGUACAAAAUCUAGUUAGUUCAGCAAACUAUUGGCAUGAUCCUUAUCAAUUAGAUAAAUAUAUAUCUGACUGUAAUUUUCUUCCGGAUAUAAACAAUGAAGGUGAAGCACGAAAUGAAAUCUAUCGUAACAAUAUGCUAAAAUUAAAUGCAUUCGUUAUGACUAUUUCUGAUAUUGAUGAAGUUAUUGUACCAAAAGAAUCAGGUUGGUUUAUGGGUUAUAAACCAAAUUCUCUUGCUGUUGAAACAUGGAAUAAUUCAAGACAAUUUACAGAAGAUCUUAUUGGUUUACGAACAUUAUGGGAACAAGGGAAAAUAUUUACAUUUACUUCACAUGUACGCCAUCAAGAUGUGACACAUGAGCCAAAUCGAGAUUUUAUUCUUGAAAAUAUUUUUCCAUUUUUUAAUAAUACAAUUUCUUAG